UAGUGCUUCUGUCCCGUCGCCUCAAAGCAUUCCUUCCUACGGAGUAUGUAAAAAAAAGCCUUGAAAAUCUAACGAACUCGGUGCAACCAGACACCACAAACAACCAUCGUAACCGGAUUACUCACAUCUUCCGGCGACUUCUAAACUACAUCCGCGAUGUCCUUACGCCGUCUAUCCACCUACAUUUACUGCUCAACAUCUAGCCACAGCAUCAAAAGACCUCAAAACACCAUAUCCGUUUUACCAAAUCAUUUAACCCUGGAUUCGUCCAAACGAAUCAGCUAAAAGGUAGAGUUAUCUUGUGCGUGUGUGUGGGUGUGUUUCUUCUUAUGAGUUCAUUUCUGUGUUCGGAACCUUACUUGUUUUUUCGGGGAUUCCACUUAAUGGGCAUUUACAUACCUGAAAUCUUGAAAGUUGGAAGUAAUAAUUGGGGAAUAGCACUGAGAUAGAGGGGCUAUGCCCCAUUAUUCCAGACUAUCAUUCCAUUUACUCUGUAGAUCUUUUGGUCAAAGGGUUAUCCAGGGAAUUUGUUGUUUUAGCAGUUUCUCAGUUGGUGAUAGUGUAGUCAAUGGGCUUGGAAGCAUAGAGUACUACUUGAGCCAAGGUUCCGAAACUCCAAAUUUUGAUCGCAGUUUUGAGGAAAAGCUAAAUAGACGUUUCUUCAUGAACGGAUUAUCUGAAGGCAAUUGCUCCCAGCAGAACCACAUUCCCUCAAGUAAAAGUUUUGCUGGCAAUAUUAGAAUUGACUCUCAGAGGAUUCUAGAAAUUCUGCAUCAAGAUGGUCCUCCCCAGUUUGACACGAAAGCAGCUUUAGAUGAUUUACAAGUUAGGGUUUCUGGUCUUCUAGUGAGGGAAGUUCUGUUAGGGAUACUUAGAGUCACAAAUUAUUAUGAAAAUAAGAAACAUUUAUCUAAAAUUGGGUACGUGUUCUUUGAAUGGUCCGGUCAGCAGGAAAACUAUAUCCACACGGCAUAUUCAUACCAUUUAAUGAUGCAGAUUUUUUCUGAGGUGGGGGAAUUCAAGGCAAUGUGGGAACUAGUAGAUGAGAUGAUCGAGAAAGGUUACCCGACAACUGCCCGGACUUUCAACAUAUUGAUUUGUAGCUGUGGUAAUGCUGGAUUAGCUAGGAAAGUAGUGCAAAGGUUUAUUCGAACAAAGAGGUUUAACUAUAGACCAUUCAAGCAUUCUUUUAAUGCAAUCCUUCACAGUCUAUUGUCCAUAAAGCACUACAAGUUGAUCGAAUGGGUGUAUCAGCAGAUGUUGCUCGAAGGCCAUUCCCCAGAUAUUCUAACUUAUAACAUACUUCUCUGUGCAAAAUACAGACUAAGAAGACUUUGUGAGUUUAACAGAUUGCUUGAUGAAAUGGAGAUAAAGGGGGUUUCCCCUAAUUCCCACACAUUCGUUCUCCUUCUUCAUGUUCUUGGCAGAGGGGACAAACCACUAGAAGCUCUGAAUCUUUUGAACCAUAUGAAAGAAGUAGGGUGUAAUCCUAGCAUUCUCCACUUCACCACUCUGAUUGAUGGGCUUAGCCGGGCCGGUAACUUAGAUGCAUGUAAAUACUUUUUUGAAGAGAUGGUGACCCAAGGUGGUUGUUUCCCUGAUGUUGUUUGUUACACUGUAAUGAUAACAGCAUAUGUGGUGGCUGAUGAGUUUUGUAAAGCUGAGGAGCUGUUUGGUGAGAUGGUAAGCAAGGGACAGCUACCAAAUGUGUUUACCUACAAUUCCAUGAUCCGUGGGCUUUGUAUGUCUGGGAAAUUUGUGGAGGCUUGUGAUAUGCUGAAAGAAAUGGAGUUGAGGGGUUGUAAUCCGAAUUUUCUGGUUUAUAGGUCUCUGGUAAGUCAUUUGAAGAAUGCUGGAAAACUUAAGAAAGCUCAUCAAGUGAUAAGACAGAUGGUGGAGAAGGGGCAAUAUGCCCAUCUUGUAUCAAAGAUUAGAUGUAGAAGACGGUGAUGGACAGUUCUCUGUUUAUUGGUUUGUAACAUUUGGUUGAAGAAAGAGGUCAAUCCAGCAGGCAUUCACCAUCUGCAUUCGGAUUGUGUGUUUUUAAAUGAGACACAAUUGUAAUUCAUGAUAUCCCAAUAAUGUGUGUAAUUUUUUUAUUUUUUUCUCUCCACAUGGCAAGCUUGAUAGUGUUUGCUCAAAUACAGAGAAAUACCUACAUACUACGUGUUUCAGUUGAGUUGAGCAGAUACACAUGUAAUUACAGCAUGUACACUCUUCUGGUCUUCCCACUACAAAAGGGUGUUUUGUAGGAAACACAUGGAUUUAGCACCUCUUCAUUGAGUUCAUUCUUGUCCGAAACAAUAUGGCCUGAAUGUCCGAACCCAUGCCGGUUUGGUCUUAAAACUUUUGGUCUGGGAUGAAUGUAUGGUGAAGAGAACACUGUACUAGAAGAGUAUGAACACCUGCAUCAUAGUAUAAUUGUCACCAUUUCCCACAAAAAAAUGUGCCAAUAGCCGAGUUAUUAGUAUGACGUGAAUGUUUUGGCAUUAUAGAUAAACACAUAUGUAAGUAUGUAACAUUGUAACUCCUUAAAAGGGUUCUACAAAAAACUAUCACGUGAAUCGAGAUAUGGAUUUCAUAAUUCAAUUUGAAAUUCUG